AGAUAAAGCUAACCCCCCUUCCUCCUCCUCCUCCUCCCCUCGGGACAGCUCCUUAAAUGAGUUUAAACAGCCAUUACCUCCUCUGUUACAGGUGUACAUGUCAAUCAUUAUAAUGUUAUGACCACCGUUAUAAGCUAGACGUAAAAGGUUGUCAGAGUAGUCCGGCUCUAACCGUCCAUUACUGUCGUCAAGGUACCGGCGUUAGCUUCACGUCUUAUCAUGUGGGUGUUCGGUUACGGGUCUCUCAUAUGGAAGGUGGAUUUUCCUUAUGAGGAAAAAAGAGUUGGCUUCAUAAAAGGCUUCAGCCGUCGGUUUUGGCAGGGUAGCACCGACCACCGUGGUGUACCGGGGAAGCCUGGCCGGGUUGUGACACUGGUGGAGGAUCCUGAGGGAUGCGUUUGGGGUGUCGCCUACAAGCUGCCGACGGGCCGGGAGCAGGAAGUGAAGAGUUACCUCGACUACAGAGAAAAAGGUGGUUAUCAGGUCAUCACGGUGGCCUUUCACCCCCGUCCACCACUCACUCCGCCGCCCAACCAGGCGCUGUUGUACAUUGGCUCUCAGGACAAUCCAGACUACCUCGGCCCCGCCCCUCUUGAGGAGAUAGCCAACCAGAUCGUCAGCUCUACCGGUCCAAGCGGGCAAAAUACGGAGUACCUCUUUCAGCUGGCUGAUGCUGUGAGGACAAUUCUGCCUGAGGACUCAGACGCACACUUGUUUUCUCUAGAAACUUUAGUGAGGGAAAGACUACCGAAAGGGCCGAAACACUCACACACUCAAACAGGUUGAUUGUGAUUAGAUAACUAAUAAGACUUGAUCAAUGAUAUAUAGCAGGUUGGAUAUCUGUCAAAUGAUCUCAGGGUUCAAGGUACACGUAGGGCCAAUAAGGAUAUUUGUCGGGUAUGGAAAAUACGUUGACGAGGUCUGUUUGUAUCCGUUAGUGUCACACUGCAAAGAUAUAAGAAGAAAAUGUUACAUUACACAGCAAUUAAUAAUACAAUAAUAAUGUAUCGAAAGCUGCUUCAAAAUAGUACAAAUGACAAAUACAUAAAGGUAUUGUAUCUAAACUACAUGUUGAGUGAUUGCAAAUUAUGCUUUGGAUAAACGUAGAUUUAAUCCCUUCCUCCCACAUUUAAACACACUAAGGCCGAAUGUUUUAACGAAUAAAUACUGUAUAUUCACAGAUACAUGUGUUGUGAGAGUAGUUCACUCAUACAUUUUAGUAAGUAUGAGUGAACUACUCUCACAACAGAAGUGCAAUGUAGGGCCCACGCAAACAUUUCCAGUAGGGUAAUUUUGUUAAAAAAAAUUGGAACCCAGAGCAAAUGUAACAGUUUAACACUCAAAAAAUGUUUCAAAUCUGCCUCACCCGGACUGUGAUUGUGUGGUUUGAUCACAAAUGUUUAACAAUGUGAUUGCUGGCAACAAUAGCAAACAACCCUAUAACUAUGUUGCCAAAUCUAGAUUGGUGCAUGGAAGUAUUUUGCAUCUCUUUUUUUUUUUUACACCAAUGAGAAGAGUGCAGAGAAUCACAACUUGGACAAAAAAAAAAAGAGAAAUAACCAAAACUCGUAUCAACUUUGAAAAAAAAGUUGUGUGUUCAUGAGUUUGUUGCUCAACACAAAGCCCUGACUGAGAAAACCUUGGCUUACAAACUUUAAAAUAUGUCAUUUGGAUGGGUCUGAUUCAUCCUUCUCACCUUUUUCAGCCAGCAGUCAGUUCACAAUUUGGUCCAGACAGAGAUAUCUCAACAACUACUGCAUCGAUUUCCAUGAAAUUUGGUACAGACAUCCGCCCCAGAGCAUGAAUCCUUCUGACUACAGUGAAAUAACACUACUGUACAUCUACUGAAUAGGCUCAAAAAUCCCUUUUGUAAUUCCUUAACAUUAGCUCGAAGCACCAUCAUCAAAGUCUUACGGUUAAUGACAUUUCCAUCAGCCUCAACUGUACUUUAUGGUAAGCACUAAUAAGCAAAUGCUAGCAUGCUAACACGCAAGAUUGUGAACAAGGUAAACAUUCUACCUGCUAAAUAUCAGCAUGUUAGCAUUUUGCUCAAAGCAACGCUGUGCCGAAGUGCAGACCCACAGAGUCGCUAGCAUGACUGUAGACUCUUAGUCUUGUUCUUAUCUUACUCUGGUUAACACUACAUCUCCAUGUAAUGUAGUAGAUCGCUUUUUAAAUAUAAGAUUACCAUUUCAUUCAAAUAAUUGAGUCUCCAUACUGAUUUUAUUGGACUAACCUAGAUGAUUCAAAUGGUUUAAAAAAGGAGGACACGGUUUGCCAGAUAAGUUAUGACACUGUUUUUAGUCUCUAAAAGAAAACCUGAAUAUUAGGUUUAUGGGCAUCAUUAGUCAUGCCCAAAAACCUAUUUUAGAAGACAUUAUCUUAACUCUUUCUAAAGUUGAUUGUCUAACCAGAUAGUUCUGCUUUGGUAAAUGCCCUCCAUCUCUCUUCCUGAUAUUCCAGACUGUACAUACAGUUUCUCAUUCUGCCAACAUACGUAUCAGCACAGUGAGCAUAUCCAAGUCAACAGCAGUGCAUCAGAAAAGAAUCAACACGCAGAAUAAAAAUGGUGACAGAUGUA